ACAUGUACGAAAGGGAGUACGUCUGUGUGUAUAACAGCCGGAGUUGGAGUUGGAAACCCGGAGUUGGAGUUGCGGGGGGCAUAGCAUUGCUCAUGGCUGGUCUGCUGCUAUUUGGCAUACAUGCCUACCUACACGUUACCCUCAAGCGAACCGCAGAUAAUGUUAGUCAGGAUCGUUUAAGCAUGAAGAACAAUCCCGGUACAGACGAAGAAUCAGGGCGUGCAAACCAUGACAAGGACGGGAGCAUCAAGGACCUUUAUGGUGACGACACUCGGGAGCCCCCUCCGCAACAGAAACAAAAGCGGCCCAAGCAGACAAGCGCGCCCCCCAGCGGGGAUGCUUUUGCCUGGCCGGAGAUGACCAACUCUCAGUCUGGCGUGGGGCAACAAAGAAGUGGCUCGCACUUUAGUAGUGGACGUAACAGUACGUCGUUUGCAUCUGGGGGGACGCAAGGCACGGCCAGCGCGCCCCCUGCCCCAACUCCCGCCCCGUAUGGGGUUAUGGUGUUGAGUAUUGCGGAGGUGGUGCAGUCAACUGAGAAUUUCUCGACGAAGAACUUUCUGGGUCAAGGCGGGUUCUCAAACGUCUACCGGGGCAUCCUAUCGGACGGCCGCACGGUUGCCGUCAAAAGGCUGCACUUCCACUCUCUCACCGGCGGCCAAGAGACGGCCGCCGGCGAGCGGGACUUCCAGGCAGAGGCGUCCAUAAUCGCCCGUGUGCAUCAUAGGCACUUGGUCCAACUGGUCGGUUUCUGUACCAACGCCCAGGAGCGGAUCUUGGUGCUAGAGUAUAUGAAGAACGGGAGCCUGGCUGACAACUUGUACGGUAUUCGAGCGGCUUCCGUCAUAAGUUGGCCUCAGCGAUUGAUCAUUGCCAUCGGAGCUGCGAAGGGGCUGGCGUACUUGCACGAAGACUGCCAGCCACGGAUCGUUCACAGGGACAUCAAAGCAAGUAACAUCCUCCUGGACAGCAAUCUAGGGGCAAAGAUCUCCGACUUCGGCUUCGCGCGCUUUGCGCGCGAGUUCCAGUCGACCGCGACCGCGACGCGCACGGUGGGCACGUUCCAGUACCUCCCCCCCGAGUGCACCAUGUAUGGGGAGAAGAACACGGACAAGUCGGACGUCUACAGCUUCGGCGUCGUGCUGCUGGAGCUGCUUGCGGGGCGGCCCCCCGUGGACCCGGGGCAGCCCAGGGAGCGGGUGGCGCUCAUUGUCUGGGUACGUACGAGCGGCGUAUUCUGGGCUUUCAAGUUAGAUGUUCUGGAGGUGCUAUUGUGGUUUCUGGUGGAGAUUUAG